AUGCCUAAUAGACCGUCUUCCUUUUUUCGAUUGCCACAGUCUGUCGAGGCAGAGGAACGCCAGGUCAGACUGCGACUUCUGCGGUGGCGAGCCGAUCUCGUGACCUGGCCGAGGUCAGCCCUGGAGCAUUUAGCCGAGACAUUGGUCUACAAGGAGUUCCAGGCAUGCACAGGUGGGAGGUGGGCAGAUACUUUCAAAAUACAUAUCAAGGCCCCUCGUGGAACUGCCAGCCUACCAGACGAGGACACAUCAUCUCAGCAAUGA